UUGUGCUGGGGUCGGGAUCUGGAGGAGCGGGAGCCGGUUUAGGACUAGACGACUGGCCUGGAGGGUCGGGGGCCCAGUUCGGAAUUGAUGUGGAGCCCGAGUUAUUUUCGGGGACAGGCAGGGUGUAAUUAAUUAUAUAUCAGGGCAUAGGUCGCUGUACCGACAUGGAGACCGUUCGCCAGUGAAGACAUAUCCCAAGGAUCCCUAUCAGGAAGAGGAGUGGCCCCAGGGGUUUGGUCAGCUAACUAAGGAGGGGAUGCUACAGCAUUGGGAGCUGGGCCAGGCUCUGCGGCAACGCUAUCAUGGCUUUCUCAACACCUCUUACCACCGGCAAGAGGUUUAUGUGCGAAGCACAGACUUUGACCGUACGCUCAUGAGUGCUGAGGCCAACCUGGCCGGACUCUUCCCUCCCAACGGGAUACAGCGCUUCAACCCAAAUAUCUCUUGGCAACCUAUCCCCGUUCACACUGUGCCCAUCACUGAGGAUAGGCUGCUGAAGUUCCCGUUGGGCCCGUGUCCCCGUUACGAGCAGUUACAGAAUGAGACCCGACAGACGCCAGAGUAUCAGAAUGAGAUCAUUCAGAAUGCACAAUUUCUGGAUAUGGUGGCCAACGAGACAGGCCUUACAGAUCUGACGCUGGAGACCGUCUGGAAUGUCUAUGACACACUCUUCUGUGAGCAAACACACGGGCUGGUCCUGCCGCCCUGGGCCUCUCCCCAGACCAUGCAGCAUCUGAGCCGGCUAAAGGACUUCAGCUUCCGCUUCCUCUUCGGGAUCUACGAGCAGGCAGAGAAGGCCCGGCUUCAGGGGGGAGUCCUGUUGGCUCAGAUACGGAAGAACCUGACCCUCAUGGCAGCCUCUUCCCAACUCCCUAAGCUGCUGGUUUACUCUGCGCACGACACCACCCUGGUUGCUCUGCAAAUGGCACUGGAUGUCUACAAUGGGGAACAAGCCCCCUACGCCUCCUGCCACAUAUUUGAACUGUACCAGGAAGAUAAUGGGAAUUUCUCAGUGGAGAUGUACUUUCGGAAUGAGAGUAACAAGGCUCCCUGGCCGCUGAUCCUGCCUGGCUGCCCUCACCGCUGCCCCCUGCAGGACUUCCUUCACCUCACAGAGCCCGUCGUGCCCAAGGAUUGGCAGCAAGAAUGCCAGCUGGCAAGUGGGCCUGCAGACACGGAGGUGAUCGUGGCCUUGGCUGUAUGCGGCUCCAUCCUCUUCCUUCUCAUAGUGCUGCUCCUCACUGUCCUCUUCCGGAUGCAGGCCCAGCCUCCGGGCUACCGCCAUGUCGCAGAUGGGGAGGAUCAUGCCUGACAACCACUCAGCCCCCUUCCCUCUGCCUCCUAGGGGAGGUGGGCUGGGCCCUUGCUCCUGACUAUUGCUGCUCCCCAGCCCAUGGACAGGAGACCCUGGGUUGGCCUCCCUCUGAUUACCCUAACCUAGAUGAACAAGUGGGGCUCGGCUUGGCCCAUGGCACCUGUCGCUCAGCAUCUGUGUGCCUCCUGUUUACCAAGUACUAUGUUGGACUUUGGCUUUCUCCAAACAAGACUUGCCUCCGCCAUGCUUCCGAAGGACUAGAAGUGUAGACAAGUAUCCAAGUUUCACUCAGGACCUGGGAUUGAAAAACUGAAGGAGUUGGUGCUUGAUCGCCUUGCCCCCGCCAAUCAAGCCUUGCUCUCUCUUCCAGCUUGGAGUCUUUGGCAAAUGGUUCAGGGGACACAGUCUUGCCUCUCAGUGCUUAUUUUAGUGGGAAAAACUGCACAACAUUGGGCGUAUAAACAUUGGCCACUAAGGAGCUGGAUCACUCAAAGGCCAGCCAGCCAAGUUUUCCUUUGUCCCCCUGAAGCCACCAUUAGAGUCAGACAUAAUGCUUCAGGCACCUUUGUCACCCUGCAGCUGGAGCAGGUCAGAAGGGUGUUUGUACUGGGGUGGGGGUGGGGGGAGGGGAGUGAGUUGUACAGUUGUGACACUACUAUGCCAGUCGGCUAGGCUGGGGUCUCUAGGGACCAGAGGUAAAUGUAGGUUGUAAGCUGGACAGCUUGUGGCUGUGGCCCAGAAUAGGGCUAAGGCAGCGUCCAGAGAAUGAAAGUUUUAGACUCAGUGCUGUUUCUGUGCCUUUUCUUCAUUUUGGGGGACCCAAGGAGCCCUUUGACCAGAUCAGUGCUGUAAAAUCCACUCAGAAGCUCAGUUGGGUAUGGUUUUAUUGGCCAUGUCAAUAGUGAGCACAAACUGAAAACCACUACCUGAUCACUCUGCCACUGCACGUCAAAGAAAAGUACCUUGGCCCCAGGCUAGAUAAUAGCAAGGACCCUUGGGGCACCUGGGGCACCAACUCUGGAGAAGUUUCUGGAUCUAAGUCCAGAGCAGUAACAUGCCAGUGUCCCAGUCCCACAGUGUCCCAUGCCACAGUGUCCCUGCUCCGACCCUAAGACUUGGAUACCUUUGGCCCUUUAACACAUAGCCGCCUCUUCUCACAGGAUUUGUUCUCAGGUGGCUCCAAGCCCUUGCUUGGCCCACACCGUCAUUAAUGUGUCUCAUUUCCGCAUCCCAGCUUCCUGGCUCCAAAUGAGAAUGUGAUAACCUAGGAGGAGUGAGACCAGUCUGACUUGCACCUUCCAUUAUCAGUCUCUGGGAACUUGGGGUUGGCCCAGGGAACCUAGGACUUGGUAAGGAAAUACCAGGAAAUUGGACAGCAGCCAGGCAUUGCCAUGACCAGGACAAAGCAAGAGGCAUGGAGGGCCCAGACCAAAGAGUCCACGGUCUCCUGGUAGUCUUCUUUACUGACUCCUACCCUGGGGUGACUGGUAGGGCUAAGCUGAGGAGAGCCUGCACUCAACCUUGGGGAGUAGGAUAGGGCUUGGCCAGUCUGAGAUAUAACCACUUCACUCACCCAUCAGAGAGGCCAGCGUGUCCCCCAUGGGAUUGAACUCAUUGAGCUGCAGAGACAAGGGCAUAAGCAUGAGGAGAGGUUGAGGUACUGGGAGAAGGGCACAUGAGGAUAAAUUUCUGGUCGUUUUUGGUCAAUAAAGUAGGUUGAAUCCCUGCUUCCUCCCAUCAUUAUUUGAGGGCCCAAACCUCACCGAAAUGAUACCAGAAGAUUCUGGGUCAUAGAGCUGAUACAUCAUCUUCCCUGAGCUUCCAUCAAACACAUCAAUGGUCCUUAAUUCAUGGGGGGUACAACUUUUGAAAUUAGGAUCUGGGUAUCGGCCCACAACAAUGAGGUUGUACCGAGGAUGCCAGGUUGCCUAGGAGACGAAGAGUUGUCAUGAGAGUAAAUGCAGAGCACUAUCAAGAGGGACAUCAAAAGUACUUUUUGUCACUAACAGUUGUUAAUACAGUUGCCAGCAAUUUAAUAAUGGAGAUCAGACCCACAUGAAACUAUUGUAUGUGCAUCUACCUUCCCAAAUUUUUAAUCCUAAAUUGGCCUCUCUGGACCUUGGGACACCUUCAGGCCUUCUUUCUCUUUUGCACUUCCUGAGAUCAUACCAACUGAUCAAUGUUUUAACAUCAGCUUUACCCAGACAUUAACCAAAGAGGUAAGCCUACAACAAAGCGAAAAGUCUCUGGUAACCAAAAACCAAAUAGGAUAGAAGUUCUGAAGUAAUCCCUCCAUCAAUGUGAACGAUAAAGAGUUGAGCAGGAGAUGGCUCAUGGCCAAGAAAGGGAAAGAAACCUAUGUUCCCCAGAUUACCCCACUCAAAACAAAUCUGGCAGUUAGCUGGAAUGACAGGUGGGAUUUUCCUAAGAAAUCUCAAGGGAGUUUUGAAGGCGGAAAGACAUGGUUAGCGGGAAGGACGAGGUGGUACAUGCCACGGCUUGGACAUGUCACAAGCCCACCUGGGAAGCUAGAAAUUGGCCUGGCUGGUUACAAAGUGGGAGAUGACACAUGGAUCAAUGGGAACCAGCCAGUGAUAAAUGCUUGUUCUUAAGAGCUUGGGUUGGAUUUGAGGUACAUGGGAGCCUCCCUAAUACUAAAUCAUCACUGUUUAUGUAGUACUUACCAGGCACUGGGCAUGUGCUUUAGGUAUACCGAUUCUUCCAACAACCCUAUCAGUUAGAUACUAUUAUUCCCUUUUUAGAGAUGAGGAAACCAAGACCCAAAAUUCAAGCAGCUUGCCCAAGGAUUCUAACCGAAGGUUGUCAGCCUGCCUGAGGCCGGCGCCCCCACCACUAUGCUGUCUUGAUGAAAGAAGUACAGGCAUGAAACCUGGAGGUCUGAAGAAAGGCUGUGGUUCUAUAAAAGAACACAAAGCAGGAGAGCAGAGUAAUGGGCAGAGCUGAGGCUGCCUGGGGGCAUGGGCAGGAAGGAAUCAGAAGACUUCAAGACCAUAAAAACCUUGGGGGCUGAGACUGGAGAAGUCAUUAGCAAGGCUGAGGUCAGCAGGAACUGAAGUUUGAGGGCAGAACAGCAGGGAGAUAGGCUGGGCUGAAAAAAAAACAAAAA